AUGGCCUGCUCCUCAUCCAUUAUCGGCGUCUCCUCCAUAUACCAACCCAACCCCGCCCUCGACCCCAAGAAACCCGCCCCGCCGUCUCUGCACCUCCAUUUCUCCGCCGCCCGCAACAGUUUGAGAGCUUUCUCGUCGUCGCGUCACAAGUCCGGCGCGGGUCUUGCAGUAUCCUUCGUGCCGUCGGCCAUCGCGACCUCGAACUCGUCGGUGUUGAGCGAGGAGGCGUUCAAGGGUCUCGGAGGUUUCGGAGACGUUAGCGACGGCGAGUACGGCGAAUUGGAGGAGGAUGAGUCUGGGAACAUGGACGAGCUCGAUAUUUCUAGGAUUGGUUUGCCCCAGCGGCUCGUGGACACGCUUGCGAAGCGUGGUAUUAAGGAGCUUUUCCCCAUUCAGAGGGCUGUUUUAGUCCCAGCACUGGAAGGUAGAGACAUAAUUGCACGAGCAAAGACUGGAACUGGCAAAACAUUGGCAUUUGGUAUUCCCAUUCUCAAAGGACUUAGUGAUCAGGAUCAAGAAAGUUUUCCUAUAAGACGAGGUCGGCUUCCAAAAGUAUUGGUCCUUGCGCCUACCCGGGAGUUGGCUAAGCAAGUCGAGAAAGAAUUUAAAGAGUCGGCUCCAUAUUUGAACACUGUUUGCAUCUACGGAGGGGUUUCAUACGUCACACAAGAGAGUGCACUCUCGCGUGGUGUUGAUAUUGUAGUUGGAACACCCGGUAGAAUCAUUGAUCUUAUCAACAAUAACCACCUGAAAUUAGGAGAAGUUCAGUACUUGGUUCUCGAUGAGGCCGAUCAGAUGCUCGCUGUGGGGUUUGAGGAAGACGUAGAGGUCAUUCUUGAGAAGCUUCCAUCACAAAGGCAGAGCAUGCUUUUUUCGGCGACUAUGCCUGGGUGGGUAAAGAAACUAGCAAGAAAGUUUCUGGACAAUCCUCUAACCAUUGACCUCGUUGGCGAUCAGGAGGAAAAAUUGGCUGAAGGAAUUAAGUUGUAUGCUAUUUCCACCACCGCUGCAUCUAAACGGACAAUCCUUAGUGAUCUUGUGACGGUUUAUGCGAGAGGCGGAAAAGCCAUUGUUUUUACACAGACCAAACGAGAUGCGGAUGAAGUCUCUCUAGUACUAACAAAUAGCAUCGCCUCGGAAGCACUGCAUGGUGACAUUUCUCAACACCAGAGAGAAAGAACUCUAAAUGGUUUUAGACAAGGAAAAUUUACAGUGCUCGUUGCCACUGAUGUUGCUGCUCGUGGGCUUGAUAUUCCGAAUGUUGACCUUGUUAUUCACUAUGAGCUUCCAAAUGACUCGGAAACAUUCGUGCAUCGAUCUGGACGGACGGGACGUGCAGGAAAACAGGGCACGGCAGUUUUGAUGUUCACAAGCAACCAACGAAGGACAGUGAAGACCCUCGAGAGGGAUGUUGGGUGCAGAUUUGAAUUUGUUAGUCCACCUUCUGUUCAAGAGGUUUUGGAGUCAUCAGCCGAGCACGUAGUUGCCACCCUUGGUGGAGUUCAUCCCGAAUCUGUUGAAUAUUUCACUCCAACUGCCCAAAAGCUGUUUGAACAGAAAGGGGUUGAUGCUCUUGCUGCUGCUAUAGCAACUUUGAGUGGCUUUUCCCGGCCUCCAUCAUCUCGGUCGUUUAUUACUCACGAGCAGGGUUUGGUUACAUUACAGCUGACCCGUGAUAGAGGGUACCUAUCUUCUAGAUCUGUUACUGGUUUUCUAUCUGAUGUCUAUUCUGCUGCUGCUGAUGAAAUAGGAAAAAUACACCUCAUUGCUGAUGAAAAGGGCCGACGACUGGCGAGCGCGUGGCAACCAUGGCGGAUAUGGCGGAUUUCGGCGCCGCGUCGGAGGGAUGAUGCGCGGUGGCCAAGGACCGACGAGGAGGUCUGGUUUGACCGCGAUGGUCUGGACUCGGACGAGGAAAGGGAUGGUUUUACUCCUUAUUUUGGGCUUGAAAACCCACAAGGAGGCUUUGACUUCGAGUCUGAAGAUCCCCCGGAUUUCGAGCCCGACACACGAGCUUUUUUCAGCUCCGAUGGCCUUCUCUUUUUCCCGGGUAUAAUGUAA